AUGACCACCAUCCAGUCGGAGACUGACUGUUACGACAUCAUCGAGGUGCUGGGCAAGGGCACCUUCGGGGAGGUGGCCAAGGGCUGGCGGCGCAGCACGGGCGAGAUGGUGGCCAUCAAGAUCCUCAAGAACGACGCCUACCGUAGCCGCAUCAUCAAGAACGAGCUGAAGCUGCUGCGCUGCAUGCGGGGCCUGGACCCCGAGGAGGCCCACGUCAUCCGCUUCCUCGAGUUCUUCCACGACGCUCUCAAGUUCUACCUGGUGUUUGAGCUGCUGGAGCAAAACCUUUUUGAAUUUCAGAAGGAGAACAACUUUGCGCCUCUUCCCGCCCGCCACAUCCGCACGGUCACCCUGCAGGUGCUCAGAGCCCUGGCCCGGCUCAAGGAACUGGCCAUCAUCCAUGCCGAUCUCAAGCCUGAGAACAUCAUGCUGGUGGACCAGACGCGCUGCCCCUUCAGGGUCAAGGUGAUCGACUUCGGCUCGGCCAGCAUUUUCAGCGAGGUGCGCUACGUGAAGGAGCCGUACAUCCAGUCGCGCUUCUAUCGGGCCCCCGAGAUCCUGCUGGGACUGCCCUUUUGUGAGAAAGUGGACGUGUGGUCGCUGGGUUGUGUCAUGGCCGAGCUGCACCUGGGCUGGCCGCUCUACCCUGGCAAUAAUGAGUAUGACCAGGUGCGCUACAUCUGUGAGACGCAGGGCCUGCCCAAGCCCCACCUGCUGCACGCCGCUCGCAAGGCCCACCACUUCUUCAAGCGCAACCUCCACCCUGACGCCGCCAACCCCUGGCAGCUCAAGUCUUCGGCUGACUACCUGGCUGAGACCAAGGUACGCCCACUGGAGCGCCGCAAGUACAUGCUCAAGUCGCUGGACCAGAUUGAGACGGUGAACGGCGGCGGGGCGGCCGGGCGGCUAACCUUCCAGGACCGGGAGGCGCUGGCCGAGCACGCCGACCUCAAGAGCAUGGUGGAGCUGAUCAAGCGCAUGCUGACCUGGGAGUCGCACGAGCGCAUCAGCCCCAACGCGGCCCUGCGCCACCCCUUCGUGUCCAUGCAGCAGCUGCGCAGCGCCCACGAGGCCACGCGCUACUACCAGCUGUCGCUGCGCAGCUGCCGCCUCUCGCUGCAGGUGGAGGGCAAGCCUCCCGCGCCCGUGGUGGCCGCCUCGGAGGACGGGCCCCCCCCCUACUACCGCCUGGCCGAGGAGGAGGAGGCCGUGGGUCUGGGCGGCGUGGCGGGCAGCGGGCCCUUCUUCCGCGAGAAGGCCCCGGGCAUGCAGAAGGCCAUCGACCAGCUGGACGACCUGAGCCUGCAGGAGGCGGGCCACGGGCUGUGGGGCGAGGCCCCCAGUGCGCUGGCCCCACUCAAGGCGGCCGUGGCCGGCCUGCGGGUGCCGGACGCGGGCCCCGAGCCCAUCCUGGCCUUCUACGGCAGCCGUCUGGUCGGCCGCCAUAAGGCCCGCAAGCCGCCCACGGGCUCCAAGUCCGACUCCAACUUCAGCAACCUCAUCCGGCUGAGCCAGGCCUCGCCCGAGGACGAGGGGCCCUGCCGGGGCAGCGGCUGGGCCGAGGGCGAGCACCGCGGCGCCUCUGCCAAGCCGCCCACCAUCCCCAAGCGGGACGGGGACGGGCCCGACAUCAGGGACAUGGAUGCUGAGAGGCCGAGUCCUGAGCUCUUCGACCCCAGCACCUGUCCUGGAGAAUGGCUUAGCGAGCCUGACUGGACCCUGGAGGGCAUCAGGGGCCCACGGGCGCAGGGGCUCCCAACCCGUCAUACCCACCCGCAUGGUCCACCCCGGGCCGCCAGCUUUCUGCAGCAUGUGGGCGGGCAGCAUUGA